AUGUAUGAACAGAAUCAAACACAUGUUGUGGAAAUCUUGCUUCUGGGUUUUCAGAAUCUCCACAACUUUAAGAUUGUACUAUUUGUAUUGUUCCUUAUGAUAUAUAUUGCAACACUAACUGGAAACAUUGUGAUUAUCAUGUUGGUGGGACUGCAUCGUCAGCUGCAUACUCCAAUGUACUUCUUCCUCAGCCUCCUUUCAACUUCAGAAAUAAUAACCACGAGUAACAUUGUUCCGAAGAUGCUUCAGGGCAUUUUGGAAGAUGGAUGUAAGUUGUCUUUUAAGGAAUGCAUGAUACAAUUUUACAUCUUCUCUUCCUCAACAAAUGCGGAAUGCUUUCUUCUGACAGCAAUGUCCUACGAUCGCUAUGUUGCAAUCUGUAACCCUUUAAGAUAUGUCUCUAUCAUGGAUCUAAGGCUUCGACUGCAUCUGGUUUUCUGGUCUUGGGCGAUUGGCUUUAUGAUUACAGCGAUCAUUGUCACCAUGGUUCUGAAAUUAGACUUUUGUGGACCUAAUAUCAUUAACCAUUUUUUUUGCGACAUGGCGCCAAUAUUAAAUCUUUCUUGUUCAGACACUACAGUGGUGGAAAUUCAAGCCUUCUUGUUCUCUUUGCCUGUUAUCCUCUUUCCGUUUAUAUUUAUUACUGUAACAUAUGUUUAUAUUUCAUUUGCUAUUCAUAGACUUUCAUCGACCACUGAGAGACAGAAAGCCUUCUCCACCUGCAGCUCUCAUCUUGCGGUGGUGUGUACGUAUUAUGGAACCUUAAUAAGUGUUUAUGUAGUUCCAUCUAAAGGACAUUUACCAACUGUAAACAAGGUUUUAUCAUUGCUAUAUAUUAUAGUGACUCCUCUGCUCAAUCCAAUUAUAUACAGCCUAAGGAACCAAGAAAUUAAGAUCUCACUGAGAAAAUGCAUUAGUAGGCAAUGA